CUAAGGUACAUAUGUCAUAUGACAUAUGCAAGCCUUGAGUAAUGGUUGUAUGUGUAUAUGCAUAUAUUUACUUAGAAGGUAGGUUAGGACGAUAAGAUAGAAGCUCGAAGUUUGAAAGGUCCGUGCUUCGAACUUUUGCGCGUUGCGUGUUCCCGUCACGACCAAGCUCUGUUAGUUGCAGCACAACGUACAACUUCAAACCUUGGAAUAUUAAACUCGUCCAGCAAUCCUCCAGGUUCACCAUAGCAAGCGUUACCUACUGUCAACGAUCUUCAAUUAUCAUCCAAACCCCCCGAUUCCUUUUUUUAUAGAAUACACAUUUUCAUGAGAUUGAUUGAAUAUCAACAUACGAAAUGACAGACUACGACAGAGGACGAUCAGGUGGCGGCCACCACAAUCGCAAGCGGCGUUACAGAGACGACGAUGACCAUGACCGCCGACCGCAGCGACGACGCUUUGAUGCGCCGCUUCCCGUGCGUAUACGCAAAAAGCUUCUAGGUCUUGCCGAAUCACCUGUGCGACGCUGGCAUGAGGAGGUUCAAUCUAUUGCCCACGUCGUUGCCGAUAACUAUGAGGAUCAAGAGCUUCGUACCAACUUCCUAGAAUUGAUCCCACAGAUGCUCGUUGAGCAACCGCUCAAGACUCCGUUCGUUGCGGCUGUAGUACUUGUCAUCAACACUCUAAAGCCUGAGAUUGUAGAUGAACUCCUUGGUGCCGUCGUCAAUUCGACCGGGGAGAAGGUGAGAGUGGGUGAAUGGCGAGACGUGAAGUUAUAUCUCAAGUUCCUAGCAUGCCUACAGAGCUGCUUGGAGGGCGACGGCUUAUUCCCACUACUUGAAGAGCUUUUCAGUCGAGCCGUUGACCUCCAGACUGCCAGCUCCGAUGACACAAUUGGUACCGAACUCGUCAAGAUCAUUCUUCUCACGAUACCAUAUAUAAUGUCGACCGCGCCUGCCCGGUGGCAGCAGAAGGCGGCUGAGCUCAUGGACAAAACUGACGUUAUUGCUUCCGAGCCGCAUGCUUUACAAGUCCUCAUCGAUCCCUACCAUGCCGAGGAAGGCACCGAGAGUCCGACCGCGAAUAUGAGUGUAAUUGGUCUCCUCCAAAAACAGCUCCAAAACGAGGCAGCGAACGGUUGGGGUUUAUCUUGUCUGCCAAGACCGUGGCAGAUGCCUCCCGAGGAAGCUGAACAGCAAGACAAACUGGACAACGCACAAAAGCAUGCCUUGCCGAGCAUUUCCAUUCCAGAGAAGGUUGUCGCUGGUCCUCGCCCCCUAUUCCCCGAGAUCUACUUCUCGGUCUACGUCAAUCAGGAAAUCGAAUCAGUUCCUCCUGUUAGCAAUAUCGCCUCAUGUUUGAUUCGGGACGCGCUCCUCGACACCAUCAACGUCCUAGACUUUAACCGUGGUGCCACGGCGCGCUUCCUGAUAGAUGUCGACUGUUAUUUUGCUCCUGGCACAUUUAUUAAACGUGCCACGCCAUUCGACCGACUUCGGGAUGUUGAAGAGGACAGGUCAACUUGGAAGCCAGAGGAUGUCGCGGUCGACGCAGUCUUUUCGCAGUUAUUUGCGCUUCCAACGCCAGAGCACAAGCUAGUUUACUACCACUCGGUCCUUACAGAGGCAUGCAAGAUUGCACCUGGAGCCGUCGCUCCUAGUCUGGGUCGGGCUAUCAGAUAUUCUUACCAAAACAUCCACCGUCUGGAUAUGGAGCUCUGUUACCGUUUCUUAGACUGGUUCACUCAUCAUCUCAGCAACUUCGGCUUCAUGUGGAAGUGGAUUGAGUGGGUAGAGGAUGUCGACCUCCCUGAUAUGCACCCACGCAAGGCUUUCAUCCUAGGUGCUUUGGAUAAGGAGAUACGUCAUAGCUUUGCCCAACGUAUCAAGGGAACACUUCCCGAGCCUUAUCAGGCACUUAUUGGUCCUGAGAAGGAGCAAGAUAUGCCAAAAUUCAAGUACAACGAUGAUCAUACGCCAUUUGCCACGGAAGGCAAGGAAAUUGCCGCUCUUCUCAAGCGCAAGGCUCCAGAUGAGGAGAUUCAGCCCAUUGUUGAUCGUAUACAUUCCGCGGCCUUAGAUCAAUCCAUUGAUCCUCUCGUUUCCAGUACGGAUGUCUUUAUGACUGCAGUUUGCUGGGUAGGGUCCAAAUCGCUAUCACAUGUUCUCGCUUGUAUCGAGCGUACGAAGGACAGGCUUCUCGAUGCUGGAGCGGCAUCCGAGGCUGCGAGGGCACAGAUUAUUACCGCAGUCAUGGCCUACUGGUCUGCACACCCAGGCGUCGCCAUCACCAUCAUCGAGAAGUUGCUCAACUACUCGAUCAUCACACCCGGUGCAGUCAUCGAUUGGGCCCUAAUAAGUGACCGUGCAGGACCAUCUGGUCAAGCCCUUAGCAAAGCCUGGGUCUUCGAGCUAGUAUUCAGUACCGUGGUAAAGGUGACCAGUCGCCUGAGGCAAGUGGUUAGCGGUGGUGUCACCGAAGCCACCGAUGAAGAAGUGGCCGGUAUGCGUGAGCUUUUCAAGAACAUGGAGGAUGCCUUGAUCAGCUGGGCUCAAGGAACCAAGGACCAGAUGAUGGAUCCUGUGGUGUCUGAUGACGGGGAGGACCUCGUGAAGCGUUGGGGCGAAAGAUGGCUCCGAGUGUUCCGGCGACGAUCAGCCAUUGAGGAGGCGUUUUUGCAGGAGAAACUGGUCUCUCAGUGAGAAACAAGUGUAGGGGUUCUGCAAUAUAUUCAACCUAAACCCGGUGUUAGCCCAGAUUGAUCUGGGACAAGGGCGUCAUAGCAUAUGCUCAAUGCAAAGGAAAGCAUUUCCGCCCUACGUUUAGGAGUGUACGAGAUAGAUUAAUUGAUUCUGGCAUGAACAAGA